CGUGUCGUAUCAGCCAACGACAUCGAUCUUCAGCUUCGGGUUUCCUCCACCACGUCAGAGGUCAUCCUCCCGGAGCUCCAUUCUUUCGCCUGGCCUCAAUGAACCGUCACGGCCUCUCUACCUUCAGCCUUCCCUUUGACAUUCCUACGUUUUGGCAGUUUGCUGUGGACCCCGUUUUAUCGUUCAAAAUUAGGCAAUUAGACGUGCCGAUUCUGGAUGCAGCCAAGUGGGCACAGUGGUGGCACGCCUACGUAGCGCUCAACUUCUGCCUCCUCGAAGUCGUUUUCCAUUUGGCGGAACUUGCAGAUAGGAGCGAGGAGGACGAGAUCCCGUACGACGAGCCGAAGUUAUUGAUUCUCCAGGCCUGGAGGACAGACACGGACGGUGAGCUUCUAGGGAUCUUGUUCGGGGAAGUACGUAAUGGCCACCUAGAUUUGAUCACAGACGAAGUGCUGGUGUUUUUGACCCAACUGUUGGACGACCUACCUUUGGACAUCCUCUCGCGCUGCGACGAAAGGCCCGGGACUGCCACACUCGCCCGUACCUCGGCCCCCCGUCCCCUGUGGUCUACGUGCACGGAGCUCGACGUGGAUCAUUGCUACUAUCCCCCUGAGGGCGGUUACCAGGUCAUCAACGUCACUGAUCUCUCCUUCUGGGAUCCUCUCAUCAGGCGAGUGGACGUAGGAGAGACCAGCGAGGAAGUCGGAGAGGAGGAAGAGGGAGCAGUCGAGGAAGAGAUCGAGGAGAACGACCAUCUCCGGUACACGGAAGGAGAGGAAACGCCAGAAGAGGAAGAAUCGGAGGCUGAGUCAGACGAUCCCGAUUAUCAAGAAUCAGAGGACGCUAAGUCCGAAGAAGCCAGCUCGGAACGGGAGGAGACUGAGGAAGAAGAGGCUGGAUCGGGUGAGUCGAGCGGUCUCGACGAACUAAGCAAGGAAGAGAGAGAGGUCGUGGCACAGAGGAAACAGGCAGCAGCAGAAGGCAAGCGGUCGAUCGAGGAAUCAGGAGGGCCAUCGCCGCAAUUGCUACAGGGUGAUCCGACGCUCAAUCCGAUACUGCCACAAGAACAGGCCGAAGGAAAUGGAGGCGCCACGACAGAGGGAUCAGGAAGCCGGUGUCGCCGAAGAAGUGAAUCCCUGGCCCAAUCCCCUCCUCAGCCCAACCUUCGCCUAAGUCGAGAUGGGGGCGCUCGGGCUUCGUCCCCGAUCGUUAUCCCGUCGUCCGCACGACUUCCUCACUCUUCAGCAGGCUCGUAGGCCGACCCCCAUGCCCUGACGGAUGGCACCCCUUCCCGC